AAAAGGAGAACCUGUGAGGCGUCGGGAGGCAGCGCGGCGCCUGCUGUGAGAAGUCGGGUGCGGAGCCGCAGGCGGCCGGACCGCUCAGGGCCGGGGCCUGGGUUGGGAAGGAGAGGCCGAAGCAGCGCCUGGACCCCGAGGCCGGAGCCGAGGAGGAAUGUGACCAGGGGUCGUCGGGGGCGCGGGAGUAAGCGAGCGCAGGGAUGGGGCAGCAGGUGGGCCGCGUCGGGGAGGCUCCGGGGCUUCAGCAGUCGCAACCCCGCGGGAUCCGGGGCAGCAGCGCAGCCAGGCCCUCCGGUCGCAGGCGGGACCUGGUGGGGCGCACCGCAGAGGCCGGCUUCAAUAUCUUCACCCAGCAUGAUCACUUUGCCAGCUGUUUGGAGGAUGGAUUUGAGGGAGACAAGACUGGAGGCAGUAGUCCAGAAGCCUUGCACCGCCCCUACGGUUGUGAUGUUGAACCCCAGGCCCUGAACGAAGCCAUCAGGUGGAGCUCCAAGGAGAACCUGCUCGGAGCCACCGAGAGUGACCCUAAUCUGUUUGUUGCACUUUAUGAUUUUGUAGCAAGUGGUGAUAACACACUCAGCAUCACUAAAGGUGAAAAGCUCCGAGUCCUUGGUUACAACCAGAAUGGUGAGUGGAGUGAAGUUCGCUCUAAGAAUGGCCAAGGCUGGGUGCCAAGCAACUACAUCACCCCUGUGAACAGCCUGGAGAAACAUUCCUGGUACCAUGGACCUGUGUCCCGGAGUGCAGCGGAGUACCUACUCAGCAGUCUCAUCAAUGGCAGCUUCCUGGUUCGAGAGAGCGAGAGCAGCCCCGGGCAGCUGUCAAUCUCGCUCAGGUACGAGGGGCGUGUGUAUCACUACAGGAUCAACACCACCGCAGAUGGCCAGGUGUAUGUAACUGCUGAGAGCCGCUUCAGCACUUUGGCCGAGCUUGUUCACCAUCACUCCACGGUGGCUGAUGGGCUGGUGACAACACUACACUAUCCAGCGCCCAAGUGUAAUAAGCCUACAGUCUAUGGUGUGUCCCCCAUCCAUGACAAAUGGGAAAUGGAACGAACAGACAUUACCAUGAAGCACAAACUUGGGGGUGGUCAGUACGGAGAGGUUUACGUUGGCGUCUGGAAGAAAUACAGCCUUACGGUUGCUGUGAAAACAUUGAAGGAAGAUACUAUGGAGGUGGAGGAAUUUCUCAAGGAAGCUGCAGUGAUGAAGGAAAUCAAGCAUCCUAACCUGGUACAGCUAUUAGGUGUGUGUACCUUGGAGCCACCAUUUUACAUUGUGACUGAAUACAUGCCUUAUGGGAACUUGCUUGAUUAUCUCCGAGAAUGCAACAGAGAAGAGGUGACUGCAGUUGUACUGCUUUACAUGGCCACUCAGAUCUCUUCUGCAAUGGAGUAUUUAGAGAAGAAGAAUUUCAUCCAUAGGGAUCUUGCAGCUCGUAACUGCCUGGUGGGAGAAAACCAUGUGGUAAAAGUGGCUGACUUUGGCUUAAGUAGAUUGAUGACUGGAGACACCUAUACUGCUCACGCUGGAGCCAAAUUUCCUAUUAAAUGGACAGCACCAGAGAGUCUUGCCUACAAUACCUUCUCAAUUAAAUCUGACGUCUGGGCAUUUGGGGUGCUCUUAUGGGAAAUUGCUACAUAUGGAAUGUCACCAUAUCCAGGUAUUGACCUGUCUCAGGUCUAUGAUCUACUGGAAAAAGGAUAUAGAAUGGAACAGCCUGAAGGAUGUCCCCCUAAGGUGUAUGAACUUAUGAGAGCAUGCUGGAAGUGGAGCCCUGCUGACAGGCCCUCAUUUGCUGAAACACAUCAAGCUUUUGAAACCAUGUUCCAUGACUCUAGCAUUUCUGAAGAGGUUGCUGAGGAGCUUGGGCGGGCCGCCGCCGCCUCUUCUGUGGUUCCGUAUCUGCCCCGAUUGCCUCUACUUCCUUCCAAGACCCGGACGCUGAAGAAGCAGGGGGAGAACAAGGAGAACAUUGAGGGGGCACAAGAUGCCGCAGAGAAUUCUGCUUCCAGUUCAGCACCAGGGUUCAUUAGAAGUGCACAGGCUCCCAGUGGGUCCCCAGCACUGCCUCGAAAGCAGAGAGACAAGUCACCCAGCAGCCUCUUGGAAGACGCCAAAGAGACAUGCUUCACCAGAGAUAGGAAGGGAGGCUUCUUCAGCUCCUUUAUGAAAAAGAGAAACGCUCCCACACCCCCCAAACGCAGCAGCUCCUUCCGAGAAAUGGAGAACCAGCCCCACAAGAAAUACGAACUGACGGGUAACUUCUCAUCUGUUGCUUCUCUGCAGCAUGCUGAAGGGUUCUCUCUCACUCCCGCCCAGCAAGAAGCGAGUCUGGCACCACCCAAGUGCUAUGGGGGUAGCUUUGCACAGAGGAACCUCUGUAAUGACGACGGUGGUGGGGGUGGGGGCAGUGGCGCUGCUGGGGGCGGGUGGUCUGGCAUUACAGGCUUCUUUACACCACGCUUAAUCAAAAAGACACUGGGCUUACGAGCAGGUAAACCCACAGCCAGUGAUGACACUUCCAAGCCUUUUCCAAGGUCAAACUCUACAUCUUCCAUGUCCUCAGGGCUUCCAGAGCAGGAUAGGAUGGCAAUGACCCUUCCCAGGAACUGCCAGAGGUCCAAACUCCAGCUGGAAAGGACAGUGUCCACCUCUUCUCAGCCAGAAGAGAAUGUGGACAGGGCCAAUGACACGCUUCCAAAAAAAUCAGAGGAAGGUGCCGCGCCGACCAGGGAGAGACCAAAAGCCAAACUUUUGCCCAGAGGAGGCACCGGUCUUCCUCUCAGAACCCCCUCUGGGGAUCCAGCCACUACAGAGAAGGAUUCUCCAGGGUUGGGGGUGGCUGGAGUGGCAGCUGCCCCCAAGAGCAAGGAGAGGAAUGGUGGGGCACGACUUGGCAUGGCUGGAGUCCCAGAGGAUGGCGAGCAGGCCGGCUGGGCUUCUCCAGCCAAGACUGCUGCGGUCCUCCCGACCACUCAUAACCACAAAGUGCCCGUCCUUAUCUCGCCCACUCUGAAGCACACUCCAGCUGACGUGCAGCUCAUUGGCACAGACUCUCAGGGGAAUAAAUUCAAGCUCUUAUCAGAGCAUCAGGUCACUUCCUCUGGAGACAAGGACCGACCCCGCCGGGUAAAACCAAAGUGUGCCCCACCCCCACCACCAGUGAUGAGACUACUGCAGCAUCCGUCCGUGUGCUCAGACUCCACGGAAGAGCUGAUCGCCCCGACUGCAGUCCAGCCCAAGUCAGAAACACAAGAGGGGGGGAAAAAGGCGGCUCCAGGGGCGGUGCCCAUCAGUGGGAAAGCUGGGAGGCCUGUGAUGCCUCCACCUCAAGUGCCUCUGCCCACAUCUUCCAUCUCGCCAGCCAAAAUGGCCAAUGGCACAGCAGGUACUAAAGUAGCUCUGAGAAAAACCAAACAGGUGGCCGAAAAAAUCUCAGCCGACAAAAUCAGCAAGGAGGCCCUGCUGGAAUGUGCAGACCUACUGUCCAGUGCAAUCACGGAACCUGUGCCCAACAGCCAGCUGGUGGACACUGGCCACCAGCUGCUCGACUACUGCUCAGGCUAUGUGGACUGCAUCCCCCAAACUCGCAACAAAUUUGCCUUCCGAGAGGCUGUGAGCAAACUGGAACUCAGCCUGCAGGAGCUGCAGGUGUCUUGCACAGCCGCUGGCGUGCCCGGGGCAAACCCUGUCCUUAACAACUUACUGUCAUGUGUGCAGGAAAUCAGUGAUGUGGUGCAGAGGUAGCCACUGGUAGCCACGUGGGAAGGUGCACAUGUUGCUGAGCGGAGAGGGAAAGGGACUUGUUUUACUUGUGUUGUUUCAGAAAAUGGAAGACUGAUACUUGAGUGUGUUUCUGUGAAGUACCUCAGAUCUCUGAGUUCUCACGUUUACAGGUUCAUCUCAAAAAUAACAAAAAGCAAAAUCCAUAGGAGAGAGGGAAAAUAGAUGGGGGCAGGACAGUCGUGGGCCAAAUCAGAAGCUGCACUGAAGCAUCAGGGACAUGUGCCUGUCGAGCUAUGAAGGACCGAGUCCAGCCCGUCCUUACCUGGAGUGAUGUGAGCUGGCCGAACAGGGCCGUCCAGCGAGGCCACAGGGCCUGUGCCCAGACAGCGGGGUGGCUGUGGCCCUCACUUUGCCCCGCAUGGAAGGGAAUUGACUAGGGGCUCCAGGAGGUACUAGUGGUACUGAUCUCAGUGAGUGGGUGGGGACGUGCCAGGAGGUUUUGUUCAAGGCUGUUGGAAGCUGCUGUUAGCCUAGCCCCUACAAAGUCACGGCUGUAGUAAGAGCUGCAGAUCAGAUGGCUCGAUGCAAAACUGGGAAACAUGGCCCUGUCUGUACACACCUGUCCUGUUGUCUGUCGGUGUGUUAGUUGGUGCCGGAGGUAGAGAAAGCCAGGAUGUGUGUUCAGAGAGAUUGAAACCGCCUCCUCCGUUGUAUACUGCCCAGCAGAAGCCACUUCUUCCGGCUGGUGUAUGAUUUCAUAAUGGAUGAGGAUGGGCUUUGUGCUCAUUGGUGCCUAUCUGUGAUCCAUAGGCAUAGUGGGUCUCUGAUGGUUUUUCUCUGCCCCUUGUUGGGCAGGCUGUCUUCCUCUGUUCCUGGCGGCAUUCAGGGCAUUAACCAGCAUUGAACACUAUUGAAAAUAAUGGUCCUGGACAGGGCUCCCAGGGGAGUCCCUGCAUACUGACAUACUGGCCAAGGACUUGAGCAGCUGUGUGUGUUUCUUUAUCAACUAAAGUGCCAGGGAAAGGGUGUCGUCUUGAAACCCAGCAUUCAGCCCAGGAGCCUGUGACUGAGGGGAGAAGCUAGCUUGGUCCUGAUGACUCUUCCUCUGUACCUUUCCUCUCCCUCUUAGACCCAAUCCUGGUAGAGUGGGGAGAAGCGUUCUCACCCUGUGCGGAUCUCAAAUGAAUCACCCUAAGUUAUUGUCACGUGCUUUUCUUCUUUCACUGACUCCCCCUGCCAAUUGUUGUGCUUGUUUGUAAAGAUCAUAUUGGAAAUAUUCUUUGAUAUUUAUUUUUUCAUUUCACCUAUAUUUAAAAAUGCAUAAUUGAAGGAGCAGGUCAUUUUCAGGGGAUGCCAAUUAGAUCCUGGAAACCUAAUGGUUCCUCUUCCUUCCCUAUUCAGUUAUUGUUACAGAAAAUUAGGAUCACUUCUGAAUUUAGAACCAAAUCUAAUUGGUUAGAUGUUAUUAAUACUCUAGAUACCAGGUCUAAGUCCAGUGACCACUUCAUUCUCUUUUUAAAACUUUAUGCCCCCUCCAUUCCUGCCUCCAAAGAGAAUGUAAUAUUUUUAAAAAACUCUUUAUUUUUUCUUCCCAAAGGAAUAUUAACUUAGGAAGAUAGGAAUUCAACACUGAUGAACAGUGAGUUUUCUUCCUGGCUCUGUCAUUGAUCCACUGUCAGCCCCAUAGCCCCUUCUCUUAAUCUGUUAAAUGGAGGUAAUGAUACAUGUUCUCAAGGGUGUUUUGCAAAUAAGUGUAUAGUUAUCCCUUUGAGAGCCUCUCUGGAAAGCUCUUUAGUGCAGUAUUGUUAUGUGUGAAUACACAUCUUUCUUUCUCCUUUUUCAUCAUCUUUGCUUGGUAGCAGAUAAUGAAAUUUAAAACUGCUGAGAUUAUACUAAUCAGGCUAAGGGGAAAAAUGGUUUUGGACAGAGUUUGGCAUCUUUGACCAAGGAGAAAUUUUAGUUUUCAUUAGAAAGAAAGGAAUUGAUUCUUUCUAUGGGUGUUCCAGAGGAGUCCCAGGCCAAGAGAAGAAAAAGCAGGGAGGAGACAGUAUUGGGCAUUCCUUUCAGGGGUUGGGUGAUCCCUCUGACUGUUACUUGUUGGUGGAACAUGGGCAACCAGAGAGCUGGCUAAUCUCUUUGUAAUGUUUGGAAGAGUUCCCUUUAACUUGGGUUUGAAAACCAUCAGUCCUCCGGCCACCUUCUUCUUUGCCACUCUCCUUCUUCAUAUACUUCCAUAAACUUGAAAUUGUUUUAGCAGUUAGCCUUUUAAGGGUGAGGCAGGGAAAGCUAAAACUUUAGAAUAUUAUGCUGCUUUUUAAGUUUAUCCCUGUCAUUGUGGAUGCAAGUUGAGGGAUUAGAAUCGUUUUUCAGGGGAUUGAUUUUAUUCUUUCUUUCUUUUAUUUUAAAGCAAGGGGUCUUUCCUUGAGAGCUCUGAAAAUAAGCCUUGGAGGAACACUACUGAGUGUAUUUAAGCUCCCUGGUUUUCUCACCGAAGAGCAGUCUUUGAGGGUGAGGGCUGGGUCUUACUCAGGGGUAGCACCUGGCUCUGUCUCAUUCAUAGUAGGUGCUCAGUAUCCACGAAUGGAUUCUUUUUUUCUUUUCUCAACACUGUCAAGAGUAGCAUUGACUGUUGCAGCACACUCCAUCCACAUGAUGCUUUAACUGUAAUUUCAGGAGUUGAGGGCUCAGGGUUCGGGUUAAAGAGACACUGUCAACUUACUAUAAAAAUGUAACUUAGGUUUUUUUCCUUUUUCUCCUCGAAAGGGACCAGAUUUUUUAAAAACUAACCGUAUAUAAAUUUAAACAUUUGAAUUCAAGGAAGAGAAAUCUACGUUUAGAAACUAAAAAUGUAGUUUAAUUCUGUCUAGUUUAAAAACAAAGCAGACAGCAGGAGCAAAAGCCCUUCUACAAGGUGUUGAAAACUUGUGGUUGUAUGUGCGCAUCCCUUUGGGGUUACCACAGAUUGAAUCUUCUCAUGUACUGAUAAUGUGAUUUCAGUUUAGAUUUACCACCUUACUAUGCAGUGUUGUGUAAAAUACAUCUUGUUUGUGCUUUCCAUGAAGUAUUUUCUUAAAAGGCUUUGUGUACUAUUAAAAUGUGUAUAUUUUCCUACAGAUCUCCAUUGUGACUUUCAGAGAUAUAGCCUUAAAAAAAAAAAAUGGCCCUGAGAAAUUAUUCAGUGUUUUUCCAGGUGACCUCCGUUAUUAGGUCUCCGCUAGACCCUUUUUUAGCAAAAUUAUGGGGUUUAAGUUAGAAUUUUUGUACACUUCAGCUGAAAGUUGACUGGUAAAAUAGUGCCCAGUUAAUAAAAUGCUGACUUUGCUAAGGCACCACCCAUAUUUAUUUAACAAAGUCAUGGAGCUUUUGGGCUUUAAGGAUACAGUUAGAUAAGUGAUUAAGAGUUCAGACUGUAAAGCUAGUCUAGAAGGCAAGUCACACUUAACCUUCCUCGGCCUUAGUUUCUUCAUUGGAAAACAGGGAUAAUAAUAAUAAUAACUACCUCAGGGUUGUUGUAAGGAUUAAAUGAGAUAAUGUGUGUAAGAUACUUAGCUUGAGUGUCUGGCAUGUAAUGAGUACUCCACAAAUGUUAACUACUACUGUUAUUAACACUUAAUCCAAUGAGUUUUUGCCAAGGCUUUGCAGCAAAAUUUCCUGGGGUUUAAAAAAAAAAAAAAACACCAACAAAAAUCCUGAUGCAUUGACCUCACCCUGUGGAGCCCCCAUGGGGCUGCGUCUCAACCAGUGUGUUUGCUGAGAGUCUCUCCAGCACGGUCAGUAGCAGCAACACUCUGACUUUUUUCUUCACAGCUUAGGAAGUGGGAAGAGAGGAUGUUGAAGUUACUUGCCCAUUAGCUCAGAGCAGUUAAUUAGUGGCAGAGCAAAAGGCUAGAGUGUGUGGUUCUUAAUUCACUUUCUCAUUGUGGGGUCUUGCCACCAUUCCUGUUGCCUUGUGAGACACUGCAAAAAAAGUGACUGAGAUAGACAAUCCGCUUGCACGGUGCUGCACACUUUCUAAAGCACACUUUCCUGGCACUCUCUGACCGUAAGGGACUUGAAUGUUAAGUAAUGGCUACACUAGCAAAGCGGGCAUUCAGUAGAACUCAGUAAUUUAAAAAAUUAUAUGGGGUCAUUCUUUUGGACAGACCUUAGUGACACAGCAAUCUGCACUUUGUAAUGAAGAAGUAGCAACUUAAAAAAACCUAGUCCUACAUUCCUUUUUCUUAAAAACAAAAAAACUUUGUUUCGUAUCAUUUUAAUAAUUGAGAUAAUGUAUGAAAGCACUUUGAGAAAAAGUAUCUGGUAUAACUAUAAAGUUGUAUUAUUAAUGUCUGUUUAGACAUAGACAUCUAUAAUGUCUAUAUAGAUGUCUAUAAUUUAGACAUCUAAAUUAAUGUCUAUUUAGAUGAUGAUUGACUUGUAAGCUUUUGCGUGCAAGGGACCCGAAAAUAGAGAUAUAUAAACAAUCAGCUCUGUGAUUUAUCACAUUUAUAAGUAUGAAACUGCUAAAUGAGUAUGUGCAGGUGUAGUUAACUGUUUUGCUAAAAUGGUAACUCAGUGCUGAAUAACUUCCCAAAACUAGGGACCAACUUUCUGGUUUAAUUAUAAAACUAUAGUAACAUGUUCUCACUCCAGAACAAAGAAGCUCUUGCAGGGACCUUGGCUCAAGAAGAGUGAGGCCCCCUCAGCCCUGAACAUUUGCCCACCGCGUGCUCAGCCAUUCCACGUCCCAAAUAUAGAUGCUGGAGCAAGCUCGUUACCUGGUCACGUUGACAGUGUCUUUUUUUAACCUAUGUCCUGUAUAGUUCUGUUGGGUUUUUUUUUUUUGGUGGGGGGUGGGGGCGGAUGGCUGUAGAACCAGUGCACUUUGGGAAUUACUUUUCUAGGAUUUCCUACCAGUUAUAGAUGAGCUUGACAUUUAUAAUCCAUGUUUUUUUUUUUGGUUUUUUUUGGUCUCCUAAGAGGAGGAGUGGAACGUAACUCACCUCUUAAAUUAUAAAGAUACUCAAGAGGAAGUUGCGUUGGUGGCCACUUCUGAGUUGUAGCUCACUGCUUUUGGGCCUCUCCUCCUUCCUUCCAUUUUUGCUACUGAUGUCACUGUUACCCUCAGGCUCUGCAUUCAACCCCGCCCCAAGGCAGUCACGUUGAGCUGACAGGGCUGUCUACAUUUUUAUACUUGAUGAUUUUGGGGUUUCAUCAUCUUGCUUGCAUUAACUCCUUCUACCUGGAUUUGGGGGCCAUCUCUGUGUCCCAAGCAUCUGUUACAACCAGUUAUCUUUAGGUAAGUGUCUCUGGACAUAAAUUUCUUCUUAUGUAUUAAUAGACUUCAGCUGUCUGUAUCUCUGUCUCAGCUUCUGUCAAGCCAGUAGCUCAGUUCUUUGGUAACCUGCUUCAGUCGGGGGUGUGUGGGAACAGGCGAGAAAUAGGGAAAGGCAGCCCUGGGGUUGCCCGCACCUUCCACGUGACCCGACAAGGACAUCACUACUAGCCAGAGCUUCACCAGUCAGAGAGGAGAGGCCUUGGGCUGGUUCUGGAACUUGUCCCACUCUUUAAUAGUCGGGAAUUUCUAUUUGGAUGGAGUUCCAGUUUUACUAGCUACCAGACUUUUUAAAAGUAAAGGUUGGCUUUUCCUUGGCAAGCCAGCGUUGCCUGGAGUGACAGUUACCGUUACCUGCUUUGUUGCAGCUCGGUGACAGCCAGAAGUUCACUGCCAUCCUCUGCCCUCCCGUGUGUCUUGGGGAGGCGGUGGGGGGGAUCUCAGGGCUGUGGAAUGGGCGGCACCCUGCUCCUGAGCAUCUGCCCCAGUGUCUCUGAGCCCCCGUGGCCCCAGCCUGUCUUCUGUGGCAUUUACUGUAGGGUCCCAGAAGAUGAGUCUCUGCCUUGGGGCUGCUGCUUUUCACACCACCCAGCUGAGCCGAGUGUGUUCUGUCUUGAGAUAACAGGGUGCAAGGGAUUUCCUUCACUUCUGACUCCACGUCCUAGACCCACAUCUCCCUCGGAAGUUAGGGAAGACUCCAGCCUGUGAUCACCCAGGUGAUCAUCAGUGUUUUCCUCUGAGGAGGCCGGCCGGCAUCGGGCAUCUUGAUUCCCGGCUGACUCAGGGUGGCAGAAGUCAUUCCUAGAGAAUUGUGCCUUCAGAGAUGGGUUUCGUGUGUUUUGCAGAGGAAAGGACUUGUCAGCUAGGUUGAUGCUGCCUGGUUACUGAACUAAAACUGGGGGAGUGAACAUUCUGGUGGCGGUGGCUCGGAGCCACAGUCGAUGGGCUGCUCUCUCAUGGGCUGCUGGCUAGGUAGAUGCUGUAUGUUUCUCCACCUGCUUGGUGAGCUGAGGGGAAGACGCUGUCAACUGGGCCCUUUCCACCCUCCAAGUGCACUAUUACAAACCUGAAACAGUUGACCUCUCCUAGAAGAGGCACAUCCUUUCCCUUCCCCAUUGCUCUGUGACCUCAGCCCGCGGUCACAGGUGGUGUGUGUGCAGAUCUUUAGACCCGCAGCCCAUCUGUGGGAAAGGAUGUCUCCUUUUAAGUUGAAGGGCCGUGGUGUGCUCCACCCCCCCCCCCCCCCCAGUACACACUGUCUGUGUCUGUUCUGUGAGAUUCUGUGUUCACCAUUGUACUCAAAGCAGCAGGUUUCCGGAUCCUCCAUGUCAUUCAAGCUGCUGAGCUAUUAUACACAGAAGGCUUGAGGUCUCCGCGAAUUCUCGCUAACUCGUCAGGACACAGGGGAGGUGGACUGUGAAAUGCCAGUGGGCUUUUAGAAAGGAAAUGCAUAGUUUGUCUGGUUGGAGCUUGCUUAGAUUUGCCUCUAAGCCUCAGGAUAGGCAUUUCAAAUCAUGUAAUUAAGCACUAUAAACUCUUAAUUGGAGAAUGGGACCUCUGGUUAGUAAAGUUUUCACAUCAAAAGAUAAUUUUCAGCAUUUCUAACACAGUAAUAACAUAGAUAGGCCAAACAAAUUUAUUCUCGAUUCAGAAAUUAUUGGUGGAGAAUCCAAAUACUGUUCUGUACAAUUCAGAAGUAGCGUACCAUGUUUUAUGAGUGGCAAGAAUGCCACGAGACAGGUGUUUCCAAUAGAUGAGGGCCAGAUAACCAGCCUUCCUCUGUUUUGACAAACCGGUUUUCACUGUGACCACUCUUGGAACUCCAUCAUGAAGGACAUUCGCUGAGACUUUGAGAAGUCACCUUGAUUAGACGGCCCUUCAGAGAAAUUAGUAUUCAGCAGCUGGAAGGACCCAUGAGGUUCUCAUCUUACUGUUCUCUAGGGCGUAUGUUUGGACACCACCACCUCUCAGACCUGCGCAGAGGGAACAUGCGAUUCCACAUUAUGUACAUACACUGUUGCGCUCACUAAGGAGGGGAGUGGGGGGAGCUGCUCAGAUUUCCCUGUGGUGACUGGAAGCUGUGCCCUGGUUAGUGUGUGUGCUGUGAACAGGCCGACUGAGCUGUCUGUGCAUGCUCAGAGCUCUGUCCCCUGGGUUGACCCCACACUUUUCUUUCUUGGCAAUCUUAAUUCUGUAGUGACUAUCAGUGGAGAAACUCCAGUGUUGUGCUCGCUUGGCAAAAAUAAAUUUGAACAUUUCAUGGUGGUUGACAGAACUUUGUCCUUAAACCAUAUGAUUCCGAUUCUUUUAAAACGUGUUUAAUGUCUAUACCAAAGGUCACGCUCUGCAGGUGUGUGUGUGAUGGGUGCACAGAGAGCAAGUCUGGAGGGCCUACCCCCCGGGUGCGUUGCUAAGGGGAUGCAGUGAGACAGUGUGGGACUUAACGGAAAACACAUCAGUCAUGGGUCACACUACCAGUGUUGUCAGGUGUGUGUUCUUAAUUGUUGUUGUGAUAUAUUUUCAGGUGUUUCGUUUUUCUAAUUUAAUACUUUCACCCUGUCGUCUGACUGUGAACUGCUAACAGUGUUAAACUUGAUGUAAAUAAUGAGACCCUUGAAAGGGGAAUGCUGUCUGCCUGUUGUCUCACAAGGCUUGCCAACUUGUGUUUUAUUUUAAAUAAAGGUUGCAAUAUUUUAUUGUCAAUA